AUGGAAAAUGAAAAAAAUUCAUCUCCAAGUUCCUCCUCAUCCUCACCCUCCUCAACUCGAUUCCACACCAACUAUUAUUCGAAUCGAUUGGUAGUGUCAAGAGAAACAACCUCAUGGUCAUCCUCCUCAAGCUUUACCAAAACAUGUCGAAUCAUGUUGGAAGCGUUUCUAUCGUACUGUUGUUGUGUUUCUCACUUUUCUCGAGCGUCCACAAAUUUUCAACAAGUUCUCGAACGUAGAAAUUCAAGAAAGGACAUGUCAUCAUUCACACACAAUUCCAACAACAAGAAUAUAUUUUCACGAGUAUUCAUUCCUGAUUUUGUCGUGCUAGGUAAGAAUGAUAGAAUCAAGAUGGUGAAGGAAAAUGCAUCCCUUGGUGCACCUUCCUCAUUGUUUCCUUCACCAUCUUCAACGGUAAAACAUGCAUCUGAUAAAAUUCGACUAAUGACAGAUGCCAUUGAAGAAAUACAUGACGAGGAAGUGGAAGAACAUGUGAUUGAGAGUGAAUAUUCGUUUUGGAUAUGGUUGAAACUGUGCUGUUUGGGACAAGUGACAUUUAUGUGUCAUCCUCCUCGGUGUGUGACGAUAUUGAACUGUUUAUUAUUGUUAUUUAUUUUACAAGGAGUAUUUGGAAUAUCCUCUGCAUUUAUUUUACUGUACACAAGUGGACAACGAGUGUUGGAGAAUACUCAAUCGAUUCAACAGUUACAAAUCAAGACAUUUAGUAAUUACGAAAUAUUUAAUCUAUUGGAUUAUACUUCACUUGCAGUAGAUUCCAUGCUAUUUAAAUUAUCCAAUCCUGGUUUCCAAGUCACAAACUCUACUCAAUGGUUUUCCUUAUUUCAUUACGUUGCUGGAAUUUAUAAGAAUAUCAUACCAAUCGAUGCUAUAUUAUUUACUAGGUAUGACAAUACAGUUAUCGCAUACAAACGAAAUAAUUUAUUUACCAUUCGAAAUGGAUCCAUUGAGGAUGGAACACAAUGUCAAUACUAUUACCAUGCGAAUUUUUCUCAGCAAAUGUCAGAAUCAUAUUUUGACAAUACAUUUGCCUAUUCCACAUGUAACAUUUCCAUUGAUUCCACCAAGAGCAGUUGGUACAUGCCAUUUGUACAAUUGAAUAAUCCCUCAACCAACAUUCGAUGGUCACCUGUUUUUGUUUCUCCGAUCGCUGGAGAAUUGAGCAUUUCAGUAACAAUUCCUGUUUAUGUGAACGGUACCACACUUUCCAAUGUGACCCAAGGAGCUCCUUUCAUACUACCUGACAAGUUGGAUGAAUCUCUCAAAAAUCCAUUCCAUUUAUAUGGAGUUGCUGCAUUUCAACUUCAAUCUCCAACGUUGAGUGUUUUAUUGAAGAAUUCGAGUGUUCUUUUUGGAGAUUUAGAUCUAGCGUUCAUUACCAAUCAUGCUGGAGAUCUCAUUGCUGUCAAUGCUUACUCUAAUGAACCGAAAUACUUGACAGCACAGAGAAUCAUUGCAAAUUACAAACAAAGAAAUGUGUUAUCUCAAUUGAACACUACUGUUUGUCAAGUCACAAAAGGACGUAUUUGCUCUAAAUUUAUCGAACAAUUUUCCUAUUAUGGAAAUGAUGCAAUUCUAGACGUGGAAUUAACAUUAAUUACAGACAUGUAUAAUUUGUCAUGGGGAGUGGCAGUUGCAACACGAAAAGUAUCAUUCGCAGAUGAAGUGGUCACUGGAGGAAUUACAAGUGUUGUGAUCUUUGUGAUCAUUUUCAUAUUUGGAAUGUUUUGCUUAUUCUUUUUCGUAAAAGCUAUUAGUAAUCCUCUCUAUCAAAUUUCUGUGGACAUGUUGAAAUUAACUAACCUUUCAGAUGUUCAGAUUGACAAGGAUAAGGAAUCAUCAAGUUUUUUCAGUGACAUUAAGGAAAUGCAAGAAUAUAUUUCGACUAUGAGAAGACGAUUGAAUACAUUUACCAAAUAUGUUCCUGAAGUCAUUGUUCAAAAGGUAUUGCGAAAAGAACACGGAGAUUGUGGUGAAAUAUACAUCAGUGAGCAACACAUGAGUAUUCUUUGUUGUGACAUUGAAGGAUUUAACAAGAUGGCUGAAACCCUAGAUCCUCAAACAUUACUUUCUAUUGUGAACGAUUACAUGACAUGUGUUUGUGCCAUUAUUCAAAAUCGUCGUGGGCUUGUGGACAAGUUCAACUCUGCUUGUAUUACAUGUUUAUUUAAUGAAUCGACGUGCCCCAUUAAUGAUCACGAAAUACAUGCAUGUAGUACUGCAUUAGAGAUUUUAGAAGCGAUUGAAAAUGAUUUAAACAAAAAACACUUCUCUGAAGAAAACAAAAUACGAGUGAAUAUUGGAAUUAAUUCAGGAAAAUUUCUGUGUGGAAAUGUGGGAACCAACAAAUCUCUAAGUUUCAGCGUAUUUGGAAAGAAUUUGGAGCUCGCUUCUAAAUUAAUGGAAUUGAAUCAUUUUUUUAACACCUCUAUUUUGAUUGGGCCCUCGACGUUUGAAAAAGUUUCAGGUGCCUUUCUAUGUUUCUUUUUGGACUAUUUGAAAACAGAGUCUGUAUGUUCCUCUCAUGAUAUUGUGUCUACCAUGAAAGGUCUGUCGCAAUCAGAUUUAUCCAUGUACUGGAACAACACAGAGAAUCGUGAGUUACAUGCUUGCUAUGAAUUGGUUUGUCACAAAAACGAAGCCUCUGAUUUACAGAAAAGAAUUACGUCAGAUUUACUUCAAAUUCAGUCGUAUCUGACCGAUGAAAAGAAAUUUGCUCAUGUUAAAAGCAAAUGUUCCAUGCUGCUCUCGUUGACUGGAUUGAAAAGCGUGCAAAUAUUGUAUGAAAAGUGUUGCAAACAAGUGUCAUGCCACAACAAGGCACGCCAAUAA